CAGUCUGUUUCUAUAGUUCCGCAUUUGAAGCGUGUUCUCUGCGUGCACAACAGUUACAAUUCGCGCGCACUCUGAAAUUUGGGUUCGCGGAGCUGGUUGUAAUCGAAGGUAAGUGUUGUUUUCCGACUGUUUUUUGAUUUGUCAAGCGUGAAGAUAUACGUGUGUUGGCCUUGUGUUUUAUCUUUAGAGCUUGCAUACGCUAGGCGGGAAGCGCGCGCCAUGGAAAGCGAAUACGAGAGCUCAUCGCACAUACCAGUACCCUCAACUCUUACUGCGGCUGCAGGGCCACACACGGAACCACGCAUGUUUGGCUCAUCGCACAUACCAGUAUCCUCAACUCUUGCUGUGGCUGCAUGGCCACACAUGGAACCGAGCAUGCUUGAUUCAUCUUACAGUCCUGGACCCGCAUAUCUGACCGGGGCUACAAGGUCACAAACAGACCCACAAGUGCUCGCUUUCAUGGAAAGGAUACAACAUGUGUUAAAUAGCAUGAAGCACACCCAGCAAGCCCAUUUGCAAUAUUUCAGCGAGCUGCUAAGUAAUGCCGACAGUGCAGCUCCGCACCCUCAUGGCCUCCCAGACCUGCCUUUCUCGAAUGUGGCGGAUGUUCUUGCGUAUGAAGAGAAGCUCGAGACAGACAGCAAAGCUCAUGAUCAAAUGAAAAAGCACAUGGCUGUACAAGGGGGAGAUUCGACGAAACAGAAAAGAACAUGUGUACUGCAGUCCCUCCUCAGCUGGAAUGCUGCAGUGGGCUUCAGUUGGUUUGGCACAAAGUGAAAGAAAAUUCUGUGAACUGCACCUCUGCAAGCUGAUGUGCGGCGUGUUGACUAAUGACAUCCGAAACCCGAAUGCGACCCUGAAGGAUGUGGAGAAGGCUGCGAUGACCUGGUUCCGUCAUGCUGCUGAGCGGCUGGCCGCGCAACAAAAAUAGUUUAUUUAUUUAUUUUUUCAACUAAUAAGAUAAUCCUGAAGGUCAGUUAUUGUUGCAAAUUCUCUGCAUUGCGUGUAUUAAAAUUUGUGUUGCUUUUUUUUCACCACUGUUUCAUUCCUUCUUUGUUGUUUCUUGUUUAUGUAUGCCAUAUUCAGUGCCAUCAUUUUUCUGGU